AUCUGUCCGGGUAUUCAACAAAGGGAAAGAAAGCAUGUCCGGUAUGUGGUGUUCAAACAUCCUCUAAAUGGCUGCCAAAUGGACGAAAACAUGUGUACAUGUGCCAUAGGAGAUUUCUUGCACAUGAUCAUCCUUAUCGGCAGAAUAAGACUUGGUUUGAUGGUACCGUUGAAGAUAGAGUGAGGCCUAGAAAGCUGACUGGUUCAGAAGUAUUUCAGGUGGUGAAGAAUAUUAAAAAUGAUUGGGGUAAGAAGAAUAAAGUUUGCAGCAGAAAAAAGAAAAAAAAAGUUGACAGAGAUCAAGGUAGAAAAAGGAAGAGAAAUGAAGGUGAAAGAUGGGUUGUGAACGAAGGGGUUGAUGAUUAUGUUGAUGAUGUUGAUGGUAGUGGUGAUGACGAUGAUGGUGACGAUCCUACAAAACUUUCAAAAAGAUGGAAGAAGAAAUCAAUAUUCUUUGAGUUGCCAUAUUGGGAGACUUUAUUAUUACGGCACAACUUGGACAUGAUGCAUAUUGAGAAAAACAUUUGUGAGAGUAUCAUUGGAACCUUAUUGAACAUGAAGGGAAAGACAAAGGACAACUUGAAUUCACGCAAGGACUUAAAAGUGAUGGGGAUUCGAAAAAAGUUGCACCCAAAACAAGAUGGUUCCAGCAAAUCUAAAAGUGAUAAAGCACCUUACGUGCUCUCAAAGGCAGAGAAGAAAAUAUUUUGUAGAAGGCUAGCAAAGUUAAGAUUGCCGGACGGUUAUUGUUCUAACCUUGCAAACCGUGUCUCCAUACAAGACAACAAGAUUAUGGGUUUGAAGUCACACGAUUGUCAUGUUCUGGUACAACAAAUUCUAGCUGUAGCUUUAAAAGGACUUCUUCCUAAAGGACCAAGGAUUGCUAUAUUCCGCUUCUGUGCUUUUUUCCAUCAAUUAUGUCAAAGAGAGAUUGAGAAGAAAAAAAUAGGUCUGCUUGAUGAUGAUAUUGCUGAAACUCUAUGCAUGCUUGAAAGGUUCUUUCCUCCGUCUUUUUUUGAUAUUAUGGUUCAUCUACCGAUUCAUCUUGCACAAGAGGCUCUUAUCGGUGGUCCUGUACAUUAUCGUUGGAUGUACCCUUUUGAAAGGUUUAUGAAGGAUCUAAAAGGAUAUGUCAAGAAUCGGUCAAACCCUGAAGGAUGUAUAGCAGAAAAAUAUUUGGCUGAAGAGAUAACACAUUUUUGUACCGGAUACGUUAAAGAAGCAGCUGAGAUAGGUGUUCAAACAAGACGCAAUGAGUCUCUUGAGGAUGAAACAAUAUUGGAAGGGCGACCACUUGGCAAGGGGAAACAAAAAGCAAUAAGUUCUUCUAUGUUAGAGAUCGCUCAUCAAUUUGUAUGGACAAAUACUACAGAAGUAGACCCAUGGAGAGAAAUGCACAAGGAAGAACUGAAGUGUUUAGAUUCACAUCUUGAAGAUAAUGAAAGCCUUUUAGAAAAGAGACAUAUGAGUAGUUUCAGUGGAUGGUUAGCUGAUAAAGUUAAGUUUGGCGAUUGUAGUAAUAUGUCUGAUAUAGUGAGGUGGCUUGCUUGUCGGCCUAAGCAAUAUGUGGUGUCCCAUUCAGGCUUCAUUAUUAAUGGGAACCGAUUUCAUACAGAGACUACUGAGAAGAGCGCACAAAACAGUGGGGUGUCCGUUGAAGCGGACACAAUGUGUCGAGCAAGUGCAAGGGAUAAUUCACAAAAGUUGGACAGAGUGUCAUAUUAUGGUGUUAUAAGAGAUAUAAUUUUGCUAGACUAUCGUAAAUUUAAGGUUCCACUCUUUGAUUGUUAUUGGGCAAACAUAGGGACUGGUGUCAAAGUUGAAGAUGGUUUCACAUUGGUUAACCUCCACAAUGGGCAUCAUCAAUUUGACCGAGAUCCCUUUAUUUUUGCAUCACAAGCAAAACAAGUUUUUUAUUCAAGAGAGAGUGAUAUGUCAAAUUGGCAUGUUGUACUUAGAGCACCGCCUAGAGGUUUUUUUGAGAAUGAUUGUGUUGAUGAGAUUGCUUAUAUGCCAGUAGAUGUAUCACAACUAGACCUAGAUCUUGAGGAUGAAGAAUGUUAUAGAUACAAUAAUGAGGAAAUCUAUUCGAGUGAAGGUGACUCUGACUGACCUAUUUCGGCAAAGCAUCAGCACAAGUUAUUUGACUAUGCCUUCUGGAGAAACCUCAAAGAAAGGUGCAAAGAGAGCCAAAAUACAUGAUAAAGCUGCACAGACAGCUGAUGUUUCAGUUGGGCAACAAAGAAAUGAUCCAAUGAGAGAAUCUGAAGGAAAUUUAGGUU